UCAGGAUUGGGCUGCCAACAAAAAUGCGGAGAUGGAUAUCAUGUUACGGGCCGAGAGAGAGAGGAAUGACGGGUUGGAGGGCAUAGUGCGGGCCGAGAGAGAGCGGGCUGACAGCAUGGAGCAGCGCCUACGACAGUUGGAUGCUGUGGAGCAGCGCAUGCGACAGUUUGAGGCCUUCAUGUCCUCUACAGGAUUAUCGUUCGUAUGCCCUGGUGCUCAGCAGUCUUCACCUGCACACGUAGGUAGUACGUCGUCUGUUAGUAGUGCGCCUGCAGGUAAUGCGACAACGAUUGGUCUGGUGUCGCCUGUUGGACAAUUGCUGAGCCAACAAUCCCCUCUCGGGACUCCAUCGCCCGUUACACCAUCUCUUGCGGGAUAAUCGCCGGUUGGCGAGUUCACGCCCGGGACUGCACCUCGUGAUCCGCAGCGACGUCCUCCAGAUUUGUAGAUAUUUUGUGUAUUUUUUUUUUUGUUAGUAAUGAAUAACUUUAUUAGAUCAAGAUUUUUAAAUUUGUUAAUAUUGUUGUGUAAGUUAUUGUUGUUAGUAACGAAUACAUUUAUU